AUUAAAGCCACGAGGUGUCCAACUACUUCAGGUGGAUUCUAACUCAGUAAAGAUUAAAUGGAGGAAACCAGAAAAUGUUGAACUGUUGGGGGAAGAACUGUUAGGAUACAGAAUAUACAUUAGAGAUAUGAUGUGUUCUGAUCCCAGUAUGGAGCUAGGAACCUGUGAGAUGAUUGAACCUCAAACAAUACUCGGCAAAGAUACAACCUACGCUACAGUUUCUAACCUUAGACCCAGGACUUCAUACAAGCUUCAGAUUCGUGGAUUUACAAGUAAAAGAGAAGGAGGGGAUUCUAAUCCACUGGAAGUUGAGACAGAUACGGCCCAGCCCUCUCCACCUACCAUUACAGUACUAAACUGUACAGGAAAAGGAGAUAUCCUGCUAGAAUGGAGGAGACCUCGUCUGUAUUAUGGAAAAGUGGAUUAUUACAUGGUGUACUACAGGUCGGAUAAAGAUGCUUCUUUCUCUAAAAGAAAAAUCGACAUUAUCAGCAACAACUCCUCGGACAUAUAUAUAGUGUAUCUGACAGGAUUGGAGAAUGAUACAAACUACAAUGUUGCUGUAUCGGCAGUAUCUGUAUCCUUACAUUUACCAGGUAUUGAGUUUGAGUCCCGUCUCUCUGUGAACAAGUAUGUUUAUCUCAACUAUGGGUGUAGUCCUGUAUCUAGCAGUAUACUGAUAUACACUCCUAGUCUCAACCUGGUCCUAGUAGCUGCAGGACUCGGAGCUCUGCUUGUAAUCAUCCUUUUAGUAGUCUCUACUUUCAUCUGCAGGCGACGUAUAUCUGGGUAUGGUUUGGUGGCUGUCCCGCCCUGUACCGCUUACGCUAGUGGGCGUGGCAGGGGGCGGGGUUGGACUGGUGAACCUGAAUCUGAUAUUCCUGGUCAACUUUUCCCAAAACAUAUUCAGGGACUUCAUGCUAGCGGAGAUAUGGCAAUCUGUAAGGAUUAUGAGAACCUGGAGACAACAGCUAGACAAUCCAGUAGAAAACUAUACCCUGAUAUAGUUGGGGGUCAAGGAUUGACAGACAGGAGACCUGUUAGUGUAGACAGUUGGCUCUCAGCAGGACAGUUCAUUCUUAUACCCGGAGAGGGGGCUUUAGUAGCAGGGGGAACCUGGAGAUCUAUCUGGGAGAACCAGGUUAAUCUGAUCGUAACAAUCCAGACACCGCGAACCAGAGAUGAUCUGUCACAGAUAUCAGAUUCUAAAUUCUUCGGAGAAUAUCAGGUGCAGGUUGAGAAUGAGACUGUAUCCCCGGAUUUUCUGGCGAGAAACAUGAAAGUUCGGAAAGGUCGUCAGACUAGAUCAGUUGACCAGCUUCUGUACACCCAGUGGUCGGAGAGGAAUAUCAGAUCCAACCUACAUUCAUUUCUCUCAUUCAUCAAAUCUGCGGCUGCAUCAACACAAACCUUGGGAGGGAAAGUUCUUAUUUGCUCCAGACCUACUGAUGACGGAGGAAUCUACUAUAUGAGUCUGUACACAAUGAUCCGUCAGCUAGAAGAUACUGGAGAUGUAAACCUAAGUGCGUACAGUCGGAAUUUAGCAGAGAGCGGAAUUAUUCUUGAGAAUUCAUCUAGUUACGCAAACCUUCACGACGCAUUAUCCUUUGUUAUAGAUGUAGAUUUUAACAGAAACUCUUACUCUGUGUAAGCAAAAGAACAUUUUGCUGAGGCUCGCAUGGUCCUAAGAUUACUUAUUGCGACUCGUUGGUAGUGCAGUCUUAGCAACAUUUUAAACAUUUCUGGCAGCUCGGAAGACGCACCGUUUGACGGCCGAAACUUUAAAAUUGUUAAAAAAUCUAAAAUAUUUUGUUUAACUGUCAUUUAUGCUUUAAAAAAAAUACGUAUAACGGUACAACUUUCUUACAAUAUGUACAGUGUACUGAAACUGCACACUGAUAUUUAAAAAAUCUGGAACUUAAAUUGACUAGUGCAAUAUCAAUUCCAAGGAAGAUGUAACUUUCGAUAAUAAUUUAACCAAUUAAAACAGAAAUGUAAAAAUGUUGAAUUACAGACCAAGACGAGAUGGAAUGUAAAUUAAAGAAAGUGAAACCGAAUGCACUUCGUCGUUGUUAGUCCAGGGUGGUGUUUCCGAUAAUAAAUACUGGUUUUGUUUCCUUUAUGUAGGUUUACAACCCUUCUGAUAAACAACAGAGUAUAAAGUGGCAUGUCUGAUUGACAAACGGUUAUAUUCACAAAUCUGUUUUUAGUUGUCUAGCAUUUUAUGAUGAAAAUGAAAUUUGUUAGAAUAAUAUUAUAUGAAUGUUGAAAAUACUAAUGUUUGCUUUUACAGUUUUCUCCUUUGAAUUUUCUAAGAAAUAGAAAUAUCCAAAUAAGAUAAAAGAAAAAUUAAAAUUUAGAAAAUGGUGGGUGGGGAUUGCAUUUGUAAUUCAUAAAUAAAGAAUAUAUUUUUUUGUACAAUAGAUAAAUUCAUUUUACUAACAAUCUUCCGAAUCAGUGGUUCUGAAAUUUAAUUCUUCCAAAUAGUGCAUUUCAAGUUUACAAUCAAAAUAACUAUUAUCUAUGUCCAAAAAUUAAUGUACUUAAAGGGACGGUUCACUUAUUUGGGUAAUUUCAGGGUAAACUAAACAUCAAAUAGUGUCUAUAGAGAGGGACCGUCCCU